AUGUCCGAUGACAUGGACGAUGACUUCCGGAGGGCAGACCACUCGAUCGGCAGCGCCGACCAGGCGAACUACCAGGACGACUUCGACGAUUGGGACUGGCUCGAACAAGAGAUGCAGCGCGAAGCCGAGGAGAACGAACGUGAGAGAGAAGCGUGGAACAAAGAAAUGGAGAGGCAGAUCGCCUACAGCAAACGCCUUGCAAACAUGACGGUGAAGUACAUGAACUCGAAGAGCCAGGAGAUUCACGCCUCAAAACCCUACCCGUCCUGCCAGCUCGAUUGCGGCUCGUUCCGCGAAGCAUGGCUGGAGACCCUGCACGAAGGCAACAACCCCGAUCGAUAUCUGUCCCUGCACCAGCUACGUGAUAGACGACAGACAACCAAGAAACCCUUGCGCGCAGAAAUACUACAGCAUCGCAGUCCCAGAGAGGUCUUGCUGCACGACUUGGACAGCAGUCGUAUUGGACCGAUCAGCCUGGAUGCAACAGAACUGACGUUGGACGGACAGAUCAUCACGGACUCCUGGAGCUGGAGUGACCUCCUGCAACGCAGCGGCAGCAACAGAACCGUCCACGUGCACAUUGCCUCCACCGCUGACAAGCAAGCCGCUGAUCAAAGCACACAGCCCUCGCAGAGCCCCGCCAAGCAAGACCCUCGCCCAAUGGUGCUCUCAAGCAAAACUGUCACGAUCUACAUGGCAGCAUCCGGCAACAAGAUAGCCGACAUAGAGUUGGGAGAAGGACAGCGCCGCGUCCAGGACGUCGCCAUACAGCUGCAACCGCAAGUCAACGCAACACGCUUUCAGCAGCGGCUGCUCCCCGACGAGGACCGCGACGAACUCCACGGCAGACAACUCCUGGACUCGGACACCAACCAGCUGUUCCUGAUCCUGCUUCCCUACAUCGACAUCUGCCAAAACGACGAAGCGGAACUGCUCGACGCAAUCGAAGAAGGAAAUACCACGAAAGUCGAGGCCAUUCUCCACCGGCCACAGCAUCCCGAUCAGACUGCCUGCCAGGACUACCAGCCAACGGCCCUCGUGCUCGCAGCACACAACAACCACACGGACAUCGUCGACCUUCUCCUAGAGGCAAGAGCAGACGUCGCACGACGGAGCAACAGCCGGGCUCUGCUCGAAGCAAUCUGGAACGAGAACUUGCCAGUGACGGAAAUGCUGCUCGCUGCAAGAGCAACGCCACAUCCACAACCAGAAGACGAAAGCACGCCCUUGCAGGAAGCAGUCGUGGCACAAAACUGGGACAUCAUGUCCUUGCUACUAGAAGCAGGAGCCCGGCCAAACGAUCGCGAUCAGGAGGGCAACACGGCAUUGCACUUCGCGUGCGACCAACCCUACAUCCAGCCCGUCCUCACGCUAUUGCAAUACCGAGCCAACCUCGAGGCCACAAACGACGACGGUGAGACGCUAACGGCCGUCGCGCAAGCAGCGGCCGCCAUGCGCGAUCUCGUGCUCGGUACUUGCCGAGGACCAAGCGCCCGCCACAACAUGUCCGGGAUCCGCGAAUCCAGCGACACCGACGAGGAAAACUCCUGGGAAUGCGAAUCUCAAGAAGACGAGGAUGACUGA